AUGGUGAAAUUAAACGAAUUAGUUAUAUUCUUAUGUUUGAUCAACCUAGGAUGUUCAAUAGCUUUAGAUUAUCGGAAGCUUGGAAUAGAUUUCCCUUCAAGAAUAAAUCUUCGCAGCCUAAGACGGAUGAAGAAGAACUCCGAAAUAGAACUAAAAUCAUUAAUGUCCCCAUUUAUCAAUGAAGAAAUGCUCGAUAAAGAUGAAGAUAUUGCUGACAAAUUGAUAUUGGUGCCUCGAAAUUUAUUAAAACCGGGUAUUUUAACAAAGCUAGGACUCGAAUAUUUAAAUCAAGAUAGCCAUUUAUUCAAUUUGACACAUAAAUAUCAAAAUAUCGUCAUUCCCAAGGAUUCCAAGAACUUAUUCAUAUUCAAUACAACCGAUAAUCUAAGUAUUCCCAAGAGGGCUCAGAAUAGAUUUGUGGAGCUUAUCCAAAGGAGUGCACCGUUUAACUUACCUCAGUAUAUGAAGUUGGUCAAUUUUUAUGCAGUUAUCCCAAAGGCAUAUGUUACUUCUCAUUUUAAUUCAAGUAAGAAUGGUUUAGAAUCUGUUUUUUCGAAUGGAAUCUUGGAAGUUCCGGCCUCCAAGUUGCCAAUAUUCAGAAAAUGUAUCAGCGAAAAUAAACCUUUGAUGGUUUUCCUAUUCAAUAGCGGUAAGAGUGAUGAUUUUAAAGCUUCAUCAGGAACAAUAAUGAACAUCAAAAAUUAUAUAACAAGAAAUAAACAGAAGGCCAGUGUCUCAACAUUCUUUGAUUCGUUUGCAUACAACUGGAUUGACAAAAUCAACUAUGCUAGUUUAAUUCAAUCAGUCUUUUGUACAACAAACAAUAAAAACAUGGAUGAAAGUUAUUGCUUAAAAGUUCAAGAUAAACAGACCAUUCACCUAUUUCCAGCAUUCUAUGAUAUAGCAAAACUUUCCAGAACUCGACACCAUUUAGUCGACUUGCACCUGAGACAAGAUAAUCAGGAUUUAUCAGAACAUUUGAACGCUAAUCAAGCGAUAAAAGAAGCAGGUGAUAUACUAUAUUCUGCAGCUCAGUUAAUAAAUGGUACAGUCUAUAAGUUCGCAGGAGAACGAUUUAGCAAUUCAGAACGUUUUAAUAUUGAAGCAAAGUCGAAAAUCCAUAAAUUACAAGACAAGCUUGGCGAAAUACCAGAAAUAUUAGGAGAUAUUAAAGACACAUUGGAAGAUCCAGAGCAAAGUCCUAUUAUAAACAAUUUCGAUGGUUUGAAAAAGAUUUUUAAACCUAAUAACGAAGAAGAUGAAGAAGAAACUGUGCACGGUAAUUCAUUCCCUUCAUCCAGACUUAGAAAACUAGGUAUAGCAGGCUAUCUGGAAAAACUGAAAAAUCGAAGCCUCCGAAAGCCAGAGGGCGGCUUUCUGUUUCCGGCUUCCUUAGUUAAAUUUGCCGAUUCAAUGAAUGCAACUCCACGAAAGAAAUGGUAUUCACAAGUCAUAUAUUCACCUUUUAAGAUUGACGAUAAUGCAGCGAAUAAGUCACAUAACUACAUUGAAGAUGUGGAUGAUACCUCUUUACUUAAACGGCUGUCCAUAUUCAGCAAUGACGAAAACUGUGAUAAGAUAACAUGGUAUAAUAUUUUCCACUAUAGCAUAUUUGGGAAACCACGCUUUUGUCUUGAUUAA